AAAUCAUCUGCUACAUUACAUUCCCUUUUCCCAGUUUGAGAGGGCCAAGAAAGAGGAUGGAGAAAGCUCUAAUACAACCGGUAAUUGCUGUUUUAAUCUCUUCCUUAAUCGCGAUUAGAUCCUAUAGAAGAAAGUCUCUCGAUUUAUCCGGAGCUCUCGCCGGAUUUCUCGUCAUGACUAUUCACUUCGCCGUUGGAUACAGGUUCGGUGCAAUGUUGCUUGCCUUCUUCUUUACCUCAUCGAAGCUUACCAAAGUUGGAGAAGAGAAGAAGCGACAAGUUGACGCUGAUUUUAAGGAAGGAGGGCAAAGGAACUGGAUACAAGUUUUUUUCAACAGCGGCAUUGCAGCAGUUUUGUCUCUGGCUAUUGGUAACCUCGCUGGAUGGGAGGACAAGUGCCUGGACUCGAAAGAGUCGGUUCUUAUCACGUCCUUAAUUGGUGGUAUUAUUGGUCACUAUUCUUGCUGCAAUGGGGAUACUUGGUCCUCAGAGCUUGGGGUUCUUAGCGAAGACCAGCCUCGGUUGAUCACAACUUUUAAGCCUGUUCGAAAAGGCACAAAUGGAGGUGUGACGAAAACAGGUCUUCUAGCAGCUUUGGCAGCAGGGAGUGUCAUCGGUUUAACAUUUGUUGUUUUCGGAUUUUUCACUACAAGAUGUUCAGAUGGAAUGGCCGUGAAACAGCUAUUGGUUAUACCCCUUUCAGCAGUGGCUGGACUUUUAGGAAGUCUCAUAGAUUCUCUGCUGGGAGCAACCCUUCAAUUCAGUGGGUUCUGCACUGUCCGAAACAAGGUUGUCGGAAAACCUGGACCAACAGUGAGGAAGAUUUCAGGCCUUAACCUUCUCGACAACAAUGCCGUGAACCUCGUCUCGGUACUACUGACCACACUGCUGACGUCAAUUGCCUGCGUGUACAUUUUCUGAUUCCUUGAUUCUGUUUAAGCGUAGACAGCACAGCAUACUCUUGCGAGAAUGUUGAAAGAAUCUGAUAAAAUAUA